AUGGUUGGAGGAAGCACCGUCAAGGAGAUGACUACAAACUUCGGAAAAUUGGACAAGUUUCAAGGACAAGACUUCAGGCGUUGGCAGAAGAAGAUGCAUUUCAUGUUGACAACGUUGAAGGUGGUGCACGUCCUGUCUACACCGAUUCCAGAACUUCUGGAGGAAGACACGGUUGAAAAUCUGAGACGCAGAUCAAAAUGGGAGAACGACGACUACAUAUGCAGAGGGCACAUUCUUAACGGUAUGUCUGAUCCCUUAUUUGAUAUUUAUCAAAACAUAGAAUCUGCAAAGAAAUUGUGGGAUUGUCUCGAAUCCAAGUACAUGGCAGAGGACUCAUCCAGUAAAAAGUUCCUGGUAACCGAUUUCAACAAUUACAAAAUGGUUGAAUCGAGGUCUGUCAUGGAACAAUUCAAUGAACUCCUCCGAAUCCUUGGACAGUUCACACAACACGGAUUGAAGAUGGAUGAAACAAUAUCUGUCUCAAGCAUCAUAGACAAGUUGCCUCCUUCGUGGAAGGAUUUCAAAUACAAUCUGAAGCAUGGAAAAGACGAACUGUCUUUGAUCCAACUUGGAAGUCACUUGCGCAUAGAAGAAUCUCUAAGAGCGCAAGAGGAUGACAAAGGAAAAGAGGGUUAUUCGGAUGCUAGUUGGAUAAAUAAUGCUGAAGAUUCAUCCUCUACAAGUGGAUGGGUGUUCUUGCUUGGGGGAGGUGCCAUCUCAUGGGCUUCCAAGAAGCAAACAUGUAUAACUGGUUCCACAAUGGAAUAUGAGUUUGUAGCAUUAGCUGCUGCUGGUAAAGAAGCGGAAUGGCUAAGGAAUUUGGUGCAAGAUUAA